GUCUCCUCGUGAUGACAGUAGAUGACAGCUAGGUUUGUUCAGUGAGAAGCGACCAACAAACAACUCAGCCCGAAGAAAUACCUCUUUUUUCUGUGGUGUGUGUGACAGGGAACGACCAAUAUACGCCACUUACGCUCGUUAUUCACCUCUCUGCCUGUGUGAACUGGUGAAAAUGGUGAAGCCAGAUAUCCACACUCUGGCCCACCAUCUCAAGCAGGAGCGUCUGUAUGUGGCAUCGGAGAAACAGCUGAUACAAAGGCUGAAUACUGAUGUUCUGAAGACAGCUGAGCGUCUCUACAGGGCAGCCUGGAUUGCCAAGCAGCAGCGGAUCAACCUUGAUCGUCUCAUUCUUACAAGCGCUGAAGCCUCUCCAGCAGAAUGUUGCCAACAUGCCAAAAUGUUGGAGGACACACAAUUUGUGGAUGGCUACAAAAGUCUUGGUUUUCAUGAAACUAUCUACGGGGAGUUUUUGGCCCGGUUGAGAGAGAACCCCAGACUGGUGGCAUCUUGUCUGGUGGCGGGGGAGAGGCUCAAUCAGGAGCACACUCAGGGGGUCAUUCAUAAUGUCUUCACUUCGCUAUAUGGCAACUGCAUCAUGCAGGAGGAUGAAAGCUAUCUGCUUCAAGUGUUGCGGUACCUAAUUGAGUUUGAGUUGAAGGAGAGUGACAACCCUCGACGACUAUUGAGACGUGGAACAUGUGCCUUCAGCAUCCUUUUCAAGCUUUUCUCUGAGGGUCUGUACUCUGCCAAGCUGUUUCUCACUGCCACCCUUCAUGAACCCAUAAUGCAACUGCUGGUGGAGGAUGAGGAUCAUCUCGAGACAGACCCAUCUAAAGUAACUGAGCGCCUUACUCCAGCUCAACAGGAGCGUUUCGGGGAAAAGGGCUCGGAUGGCUACAGGCAAAGAGUACAAACAGCUGUUGAGGCCAAUGAAGCGAAGCUGGUGGCGCUAGUCAACAAGUUCAUAGGAUACUUGAAGCAGAACACCUACUGCUUUCCACACAGCCUUCGUUGGAUUGUGUCGCAGAUGUACAAGACUUUAUCUUGUGUGGAAGGGUUGGAGGUGGGUGAGGUUCGCACCAUGUGCACAGACCUGUUGCUGACCUGCUUCAUCUGCCCAGCAAUUGUAAACCCAGAACAGUAUGGAAUCAUAUCAGAUGCACCCAUUAAUGAAGUGGCUCGCUUUAACCUUAUGCAGGUUGGUCAGCUUUUGCAGCAGUUGGCUAUGGCCGAUGAUGAUGCAGACCCACGAAGGAAAAGCUGCUUAUCCAAAUUUGACAAAAGCUGUGUGGCUGCUUUCCUGGAUGUGGUUAUUGGAGGACGAGCUGUUGAAACUCCGCCAAUGUCUUCAAUGAACCUUUUAGAGGGUCUUAGUCGGACUGCUGUCUACAUCACUCACAACCAGUUGAUGGCACUGGUGGACUUUGUUCGCAGCGUAACAGCAGGAGACCACCUUCGAGAAGAGGAGCACAUGGCUCUUGAGACCCUACUAGCCAAUGUACCACAGUCGCUAACAGUGAAGAGCAACAGUUUGGAACUCACGCCAUCAAAUACCCCCCAGCUGUCUCCAGCCACCACUCCAGCCAAUAAGAAGAACAGACUUCCCAUAGGACAGCAUUUAGCCGCUAUAACAUCCUGGGACCCUACAAGCACCACUUUGUCUGCUCACAUUCCAUUAGUAACCCCUUUUGCAGCUGCUCGUAGUCGAAGCCGUACCAACAUUGCCCAGGAGGGGGAGGCAGAGGCCAGUUCCCAAGAGUCUCUGCAGGAGCUAGUGCCCGAGGAGGUGCUGGUGAUUUCUCUCGGAACUGGACCUCAGUCUGUCCCAGGAAUGAUGUCAGAGAAUGAGGUUUUAAACUUGCAGAUGAACGACGGGGCCCAUGGAGAAGGUCACUCUGAUGACUCAAAGAUGCAUGGAAAGCCAGACAAAACGCUGCGCUUCUCUCUCUGCAGUGACAAUUUGGAAGGCAUCUCAGAGGGUCCGUCAAACCGAUCUAAUUCAGUUUCAUCUCUGGACUUGGAAGGAGAGUCCGUCUCUGAGCUUGGAGCUGGACCAUCUGGCAGCAACGGUGUUGAGGCUUUACAGCUUUUGGAGCACGAGCAGGCCACCACUCAAGACAACUUGGAUGACAAAUUGAGGAAGUUUGAGAUCAGGGACAUGAUGGGCUUAGGAGAUGACAGAGACAUCUCGGAGACGGUCAGCGAAACUUGGAGCACCGAUGUGCUGGGCAGUGACUUUGACCCCAACAUGGAUGAAGAUCGGCUGCAGGAAAUAGCAGGUGCAGCCGCCGAGAACAUGCUUGGCAACCUUCUGUGUCUCCCUGGCUCUGGUUCAGUCCUGCUGGAUCCCUAUGGCUCCACAAUCUCAGAGACCACAAGUGAGGCCUGGAGUGUCGAAGUCCUGCCUAGUGACUCAGAAGCCCCAGACCUGAAGCAGGAGGAGCGACUGCAGGAACUGGAGAGUUGCUCUGGUGUAGGAAGCACAUCAGAUGACACAGAGGUCCGAGAAGUCAGCUCGAGGCCAAGCACUCCAGGCCUCAGUGUUGUCUCAGGUAUCAGUGCAACCUCUGAAGAUAUCCCUAACAAGAUUGAGGAUUUGAGGUCGGAGUGUAGCUCAGACUUUGGAGGAAAGGAUUCUGUGACCAGUCCAGAUGGAGAAGAUUCAGGCCAUGGCUCACAUAACCUGACUUCUCCACCCUCACAGGCAGACUCUUUACUUGCCAUGUUUGAUCCCCUUUCCAGUGCUGAAGGCUCUUCCACGGGAACAAUAGUGAGACCCAAAGUUCACUAUGCAAGGCCCGCUCACCCUCCACCAGAUCCUCCCAUCCCUGAAGCUUGUGCCCUGGGGCAGGACACACGCCACUCUCUCUUCAUGCCCCACAGUUUGGUCCAGGCUGAGCUAGAAAGCACAAAGCAGCGCCACUCCUUCCCGGACAGGUUAGUACGCAGCCGCAGCUCCGACGUCGUCUGUCCUGGUCGUCGACCCACCAGUGACCCGGGCAUCAAUCGACGCGUGGCUGUUGAAGAUCGAGACUCUGCUGGACCCUUCACUUCUGGACCCUCAUCAUCUCCCAGCAAGGACUCCCUGAAAGGAGAGGUGGAGGACAGGAAGGACAGCGAUGAUGAGAAGUCUGAUCGCAACAGACCCUGGUGGAAGAAACGUUUUGUUUCUGCGAUCCCCAAAGUGCUGUAUUGGACGGCAGAGAGUGAUGUCCCAGCUCCGAUUGCAGCUUUUCGGAAGAGGGACAAGCAUGAGAAAGAUGAGGUUCCUCAGGAGAGAAUUUCACAUGAUGACCCCCUGCCCAGACAGAACUCACAGACCCAGGCUGCUGAAGACAUCCUGGACAAGUACAGAAACAUAAAGAGGACCAGCCCAAGCGAGGGAGCUACCGCAGCAUCUUCUUACGACGGAGCGGGAGAUCUUUGUGCGGAGGACAGCAUGCACGACUCGCCAAGAGAAGAUGGCCUGCAGAACAUCUCAACAGAUGACCUGCCAGACUCCGCAAGUCAGACAGCACAGCAGCAUGACACCAAGUUCUCCUUCAGUGACGCCAAGAAGAAACUGAGGUUGGCUUUGUGCUCGGCAGACUCAGUCGCUCUUCCUAUUAUGACUCCUGCCACCACAAGAAAUGGUCUACCAGAUCACAUGGACCCAGAAGACAAUGAGAUUGUCUGCUUCCUGAAGGUCCAGCUAGCAGAGGCCAUCAACCUCCAGGAUAAGAACCAAAUGGCCCAAAUCCAGGAGACCACACGCUGCGUGAGCCGCUUCGAUUCUCGAACCUGCAGGAAGCUACUGGCUGCAAUUGCUGAAGAUUACAGAAAACGCGCUCCAUAUAUAGCCUAUCUGACCCGGUGUCGUCAGGGUCUGCAGACCACGCAGGCCCAUCUGGAGAGGCUCCUGCAGAGGGUGCUGCGAGAUAAAGAAGUGGCGAACAGAUACUUCACCACUGUCUGCGUUCGGCUGCUGCUAGAGCACAUGGAGUCAAAGAUGCUUGACUUUAUUAAAGCGUUUCAAGCCUGCACGGCGUCUGAUGACAAGACGGCCGCAGUGGAAGACUUUCUGCGCUACUUGUACGGCGCCAUGGCCCGUGAUGCUAUUUGGCAGUAUGCUAGUGAGGACCAGCUGCAGGAUGCCCAGAUGGCCAUCGAGCGCAGCGUCAUGAACCGCAUCUUCAAACUGGCCUUCUCUCCCAACCAGGAUGGAGACAUUCUCCGAGACCAGCUUUUCUUUGAGCACAUCCAGCGACUCUCUAAGGUUGUGACAGCAAAUCAUAAAGCUCUUCUAAUCCCUGAGGUUUACUUGAAGGAGGCUCCCUGGCCGUCCGCUCAAUCAGAGAUCAAGACCAUCAACGCUUACAAAACCCCUCGGGAUAAAGUGCAGUGCAUCCUCCGCAUGUGUUCAACCAUCAUGAACCUCCUCAGUCUGGCCAAUGAAGACUCCGUCCCUGGAGCUGAUGACUUCGUCCCGGUCCUUGUCUUUGUCCUCAUCAGAGCAAACCCGCCCUGCCUGCUGUCCACCGUUCAGUACAUCAAUAAUUUCUACGCCAGCCGGCUGAGUGGGGAGGAGUGCUAUUGGUGGAUGCAGUUCACCGCGGCGGUGGAAUUCAUUAAGACCAUCGACGAUCGCAAGUGAAGCAGAACAGCCACCUGUACGGGCAGACUGAGGGGGAAGGAGCCGCGAGACUGGGAGUCUGCCCAACCAACUGCACCUCGCUCCCUCCCCUUCUCCUCCUGCUUCCUAUUUGUAUAGUGUGUACAUAGCCAGAGACCAUGGAAGAUUACAAAAAUAUAUAUUACUGUACGUAUGUGGAAUAAAUCCAGGUUUUAGCCGUGGUGCGGCGCGGCAUUCGGGGAAAAUUAACUUUUUUUUUCUCUCUCUCUCUCUCUUUUAUCAGUAGGUGUAUUAUAUCGUAAUAAACUUUUGGGGUUCUUCAUUUUGAAUUUUACGCACAUCGCAACAAUUAUAUCAUAAAUAAAUCUCCAAGCUCGAGGGACCAGAGUCGCUGCUAUGGUGAUCCUUGUUCCCUGUAAAAUGCUUCCAAUCAAAGAUCAGAACCAUUGAAAUAUGUCACCAAAAGAGAUCAAGCGUUAACACGAGGGCAGCUUAUCGAUUGUUCACCCACAUAUCUCUAAAGUCAGGGCCCACCUAUCGGUAUCAUUCUCUCAAAGCGUGACUCCAACAGUGACGCUGUACGAGCAAGGCUACGAAGAUCUACGGGGAUCUACGGUCAGCUUUUACACGGAAGUGGCAUUGACGCAAAUAUUAAAUAUAUAUUCAGUAUAUACAUAUAUAUAUACAUAUAUAGUGCCUUUGAAGUCGGGGCGCUCUCUACUGGUAGCUAUACUUUAUGCCCAGCCCCAAAUUCACACCUCAGAUUAGCCAGGCACAUUCAACUGAGGGACACAAAAUAUCACUGAUGUCAAACCACUAGCUCUGAAUCAGCGAACAACAACCUUUUUAUUUUCUGAAUCUUGUGAUAUCGCAUGUAAACUAUUGGAUGUUGGCUCUCUACCUCCUCCAACAGUUGAAGAAAGGGACUCAUGUUCAUGUGCACUUAUUUAUUUUUUGCUACUUCGGUGUGCUGUGACGGUUCUAGAACAAGCAUGUCUCGCAUCAUUCGGAAGAUUCUGGAUCUUUUUUUUUUUUUGUGCCACAUGUAUUAUAGUUUCCAUGACUUUUCCCUAGUGAGUGACUUACAGCACAAGGGGCCGUACAGUAGACGAGCAAAUCAUUGAUUUUGUUGCGGUCCACUCUAAUUUUUUUGUCCGACGUGUGAGGUGACGGUGACCUUCCGCUUCCUGGUGCAUGUGGCGGGGCGUCUGUCGCAGGCCACUUCCUCCACCCUGCAAGAGGAUGCAAAUCUCUCUCCUGGCAAAUCUCAACUGGAUGAAUCUAUUUUGCACAGAACAUGUCUUGACGGGGAGCAUUGCAUUCUUCCACUUCAGAUCAUAUUAAGAAUAGAAAAACACGACUGUUACACUUCGGAACCAAAUAGUGAUUCAGAUUGUGUUUGCACUUUUCCUCUAAUCAAUGUGGUUAGAAAACCCGAGUUACUAAUUCAGCUUCUGUGAUGUCACUGAAAUGAUUUCAACCUCUUUGGAAACAUCAACUAAUGACUCGUCUGUGGGAGAUUCAAUAUUUUAUACGAUUAAAUGAUAUGAUUUUCCUUGUUAAGUGCUCUGCUCCCUGUUCAAUGGUGUGGAAACGGAAUUGUUUGGAGCAGUGGGACAAUUUAACGGCGUCGUCUAAUUUUACAUUUAAUUGUGAGCUUGCACAAAUAUGACAUGCGGGGUGAGCCGGUUUGUCUUUACUGUGAUUAAUGCAUAAUGUAAAUCUUUAAAGAAACAAUAAAAGGUGCAGAACUUUUCCAAUGUAUUCAUUU